CAAUUUAUUUCGAUUCGGAAGAAGCUAUAUAACGCAACACAGAACAGUCGCUCCUCUUCUACUUUUUUCUGCUUCUUCUCUUUCAGUCUCUGUUUCUAAACCAUGGAUUCAGUAACUCUGCUCUGUACCGUCUCUCUCGUAGUGGGAGGUGGUUUAUACUACUUCAUAUGUGGUUAUGGAUCAGCAGAAAGAAAAGGAAAAAGUGCCAUGGAUCUAUCAGGUGGUUCAAUCUCAAGAGAAAAAGUUGAAGACAAUUACAAUCAGUACUGGUCUUUCUUCAAAAAACCAAAAGAAAUUGAGAAGAAAGAAGAUGUACCAGCUUUUGUUGACACAUUCUAUAAUCUUGUUACAGAUAUUUAUGAAUGGGGUUGGGGUCAAUCGUUUCAUUUCUCACCUUCAAUUCCAGGUAAAUCUGAUAAAGAAGCUACAAGAAUUCAUGAAGAAGUGGCUGUAGAUCUGCUCAACGUCAAACCAGGAGACAAAAUUCUUGAUGCUGGUUGUGGUGUUGGUGGUCCGAUGAGAGCUAUUGCUGCUCAUUCUAAAGCCAAUGUUGUUGGAAUUACCAUUAAUGAAUACCAAGUAGAUCGUGCUAAAGCUCACAACAAGAAAGCUGGUUUAGAUUCACUCUGUGACGUUGUUUGUGGAAACUUUCUCGAAAUGCCAUUCGAAGAUAAUUCAUUUGAUGGUGCUUAUUCAAUUGAGGCUACUUGCCAUGCACCUAAACUUGAAGAAGUAUAUGCAGAGAUUUACAGAGUCAUGAAGCCUGGAUCUCUAUACGUUUCUUACGAAUGGGUGACUACUGAUAAGUAUAACGGUGAGAAUUCUGAACAUAGAGAUAUUAUUAUUGGUAUUGAAAGAGGUAACGCUUUGCCUGGGUUAAGACAUUAUGAUCAGAUUCCUGAGAUUGCUAAGAAAGUUGGAUUUGAAGUUGUGCAAAUUAAAGAUUUGGCUAUUCCACCAGCAAAACCAUGGUGGGAUAGAUUGAAAAUGGGAAGAAUUGCUUACUGGAGGAAUCAUGUAUUGGUUACUGUUCUUACUUGGAUAGGUAUUGCUCCUAAAGGUGUUGUUGAUGUUCAUGAGAUGUUGUUUGUUACUGCUGAUUUCCUCAGUAGAGGUGGUGAUACUGGGAUUUUCAGUCCUAUGUAUAUGAUUCUCUGCAGAAAACCAAUCAAAUGAAGAAGAUGACACCAAAGAAGAUAAAAAUCAAUGGAGGUACUUGAUUAAUUAUAUUUUCCUCACACUCCAAUUCCUCCAUUUUUUUUUCUGUUUUUCGGUAAUCGUUUUUUUAUUUUUAUUUUAUUUAAUUUUCUUUGAUCUGAAUUAUUUUUGUUUCUUGGGGGUGUAUUUUGGAGUAAUUUGGGAUUUAUUUUAAUUAACGAUUAAUUUGAAAAUUUUGGAGUAAUUAUCUUUGUAAAAGCAAUGAAAAGUAUUGUAUUAAUUAAUUGAUGAAAUCAAAGAAUCUCUCCUCUAA